AUGGCGUUUCUGUUCGUCCUCCUAUUUGCUGCAACCAUCAGUGGGAAGUCUUUAAACCACCCAAAGGGUAACGUUGAUCUUUCAUCCGACGCACAAAAACCCGCCUCCCGUGGUGCUCUUCUCGACGAAGCGGAAGAUGACUAUUGGGCUGGUGGCACUAAUAUUUUCAUAGGAGAAGAAGGUGAAGUUCUCAGACAGAAAGCUGAAGUUCUGAGCAUGAACACCCGGUCAGCUGGGCUCAAUUGUUGCAUGAGUCUCCGAUCUACUAAAACAAAGCAAGGAAGUGUAGAAAAGAGAAAAGUCGAGGAGAAAUUUGAGAAAUUGACGCCUUAA